CGUGAUUUUCUGACACCUCUUUAUUAUAGGUGGAGACAGGGAUUGUAGAAGGAACCGCAAACUAUGAACUGAUAGCCACACUUCUUGCAAUCCAAGUGUCUUGGAUCAUCGCUUCCAUGUCCUUGAGGUGGUACCACAAUCACAUCCGUCAUCGUCUACGACGUCGUGUGGAAGCGCAUUACACGAUGAUUCGCAUGAAAGUGCAACUGGAGAGCCAGCGCUUUCUCGACACGAAAGGGCCUCAGGAUCCCGGAAACAAUUCAGUCUGGGCCUCCUUCUCAGCGAUGCUGUUCUUCUUCUCUAGGAUAACGUCCAUGUGUGCUAAUCUCGUCCUUAUUGUCCGAACAUCUCGUGAAUUCGGCCACCCUCUGUUCGCUCUGGUGUGCAUCCUCCAGCCACUGUAUGAUAACCUCUCAGCGGAUUACUUAUGGGGAUACGACUUUUUUUACCAUGUGGAGAACAAGGACUUCAUUCGAAUGCACGCCAUGAGUUCUCUUAUUGACGAAGAUUAUCGCUCAGAGGUUCUUUCCGGCGGCCUUUCGGACUAUAUCAUUACAGAAUAUGCCAAAUCAUCAGACCGUGUCGGCGAUCUUCAAACGUCGAGCCCAGAGAAUCAGUAUGGUCAACCUUCCACGCCGUUAUCGGAUGUUUUAUCUGCUCUCUUAGGCAGGGCACCUAUCAUAUACCUGGCCUUGUUCGCAAUUAUUAAUCCAUCUGCGUUCUCUGUAACAUCAUUCGCCAUUUUGCAGCAAUAUUCAGCCAACCUUCAAUUGUCUUUGCAAUUUCUUCUCGGCGGAGUCCGGCAAUUCAGAAAAGACUGCCAGCACAUAACUAGGUUGUACGAUUCGAUGAAGAUGCCUCCGGCGCUAUCCGAAGGUUCCGUUGCGUAUCCACCGUGUUCAAGGUCCAAAUCGGAGAAAGGUUCAUCAGAGGUUCUGCGAGGGAUGUCCUUCAAUUUGCGGGAUGCUUGCUUCUCCUACCCCAAUGGCACUUCAGCUUUGACAAACGUCUCACUCUCCAUCAAAUCUGGGCAGCUCGUCGUCAUAGUCGGGACCAACGGUAGUGGAAAAUCUACACUGAUCAAGCUCUUGACUAGAAUGAUCGAACCGACUUCAGGGACCAUUUUUGUCGACGGGAACAACAUAACAGAUUACAAGCUAUCGGAUUUUCGUCAAGCAACCGCCAGCUUUAUGCAGGAUCACGAAAUCUUUCCUCUGUCUUUUCUGGAGAACAUACGUAUGGGCAAUGUAGAUUCCGCUUGCAGCAACGACAAUGUUGUCGAUGCUGUUCGCAUGGGAGGCGCCGAAAAUCUUUUGACCAAUCUGGCUGAAGGGCAAGGUACCUUGCUUGGUGGAGCCAAUGACUACCGGUAUUGCGGAUUCUCUAUGUAUGAAGACGACAGCAAGGAGACGAGUUCCUUGCGUGCCAGGUGGGAAGAACUGCCGCCACCUGUCCAAACAUCAGGUGGAGAAAAGCAAAGGAUCAUUGCAGCACGCACUUUCAUGCGCUUCAACUCUGGAAAGGUCAGCUUCGUAGCUGUGGACGAAGCUAGCUCGGCGAUCGACGCCGCAGGGGAGGCACAACUUUUCGAUAAUUUGAUCAAGGAAAGGGAGGGAAAGACACUGGUCAUCGUGACCCACCGUUUCGGGUACCUGACGCGCCAGGCGGAUCUCAUACUGUGCAUGAAAGACGGAACUUUAUGCGAGUCUGGACGACAUGACAAGCUCCUUGCACUGGGCGGAGAAUACGCCAAACUCUACAACGUCCAGGCUGGUGCCUUUGCUGCCACCAAUGUUGAUGGAGAUUCGGAAGAAUGAAGUGAGAAAUGGUGCGUUUUCUCAAUGCCUCUUCAAGUUCCAAGUUAUAUGUAAAAUAUGGACCUUCCUAUGCGUUUCUUCGUACAUGAACUCGAAUUCCAUCCCUACGAUAUUAGCAUGUAUACAUUUCACGUGUGAUUCCGACCUUGCAUCGACCAAUCCAUGACACACGCUCUAAUUCUAUCGUUCUCAGCCCUACUCUUGAGUCCUGUGCUUUAAUUCUGGAUGACGUACAACUUCGCAAAGCAUGAGUUC